GUGACUUAUCCUCUUCUCUAUGACUGUUGCAGGGUGGCUGAUGUGUGAGCUGCUCCCAGGAGUGGACGGUGGACGCGCCGUUAGUAUGGACUCGUGACGAUGUUCCCCCUCUCUCAGCCCAGCUCGGCUCUACGCCCCGCCUUCUCUGCGACUGGCAUCGGCUAGCCCACCCCACCACUCCAUACUCUCCACAAAGCACAAUUGAUUAAGUAUAUUUUUGUAAGAUACGUUGGAUGUGUCGUGAAAUCACGUUAUCUUCCUCGUUGUGCGUAAAUCAAAAUAUUUUGAUUAAUUAAUGUACAUCAAAUGCGAUUCUUCCAUAUUUUCGUAGAUUAAACAAAGCUGAUAUUUAACUAGUGAUGUAGUGUUCAUUUGUUUAAUAUUGCGUUUACACUUUUCAACUUCUAAGCUACCGUAUGUUUGCCUUAUAACUUUUGAAGGACUCUCGAUAAAGUUAAAAAGACUUUGGUGCUCUUACAUAUUUUUGUAAAUAAAACCGCUACCGGCAGAUUUACACUUGUGGUUAUAGAUUAGGCGACUGUUACAUUGACCAUUAAUUGCAUCGUUUUUGCUUUUACCGUGUGUUGAAGUCAGGUUAUGACUAAUGUGCCCUUUGUUCGCUUGUGAUUGCAUUUCGAAUUGAUCUCCUUCGUUUUAAUAUAUUUCUGGACACUUGUGAUGGAAACAUUGAGGUACAGUGGUGGUGCUAAGCCAGGGGAUCAGGAGUGAUACCGCUCUAAUGUCCGCUGGCUGGAGAGCAGGUCGUCUGCAAGAAGAAAAGAUUCUGCAGGAGGAAGUGAAGUCUCGCCUAAUCCAAGAAAAAGUGUCGCCAGUGUUGGAAGAGAACGAUGGAGGGAUUCCGCUGAAAGUGAUCCACACAAAUAAUCAAGAGAGUGUCUUGCUUGUCAACGACACUUGUAUUGAUUCUCCCGUAGAAGAGAGAAGUUUGCGAGAAGUGAUCCAGAAUAAAACAAAUGUUCCUCAAGUGCACAAAAAUGAGUCGAAGAAAAACAAGUUAGUAAAACAACAAACUCUAUCGAAUCUUCCUGAAGACAAUGAUGAGAAGAGAAGUUUACAAAAAUCUCUUCGGAAACAGAACACCGUCAGUGGGGCAAUCAGUUCAGAAGGAAAGUUCUCGCCCUGUAGCCUUUCUUCUGACGGUGACCGGCUGUUUAUCAGAGUCAGGACCUCUUCCGGGGUGGACUUACUGAGUAAGUGCAACACCGUAUACACAAGUGCGAAGGGAUUAGACAAAGUCCCCAGUGAUUCCGAUUUCAUCCAGAGGCUGAAUGGCAACAAUCGGGUUGGCAGCGAUGGGGGCAGUCGUACCCCCACUUCCAGCGGCGUGGGUACAUCCUUGGUGUCCCUCAGCGGCAUGGGAACCUCCAGCGCAGAGGGUACCACAGAACGUCCCACCAGCAUCGCAAGCUAUCGGACAAGGAACAGUGGAACCGACUUUUGGAGCCAAGUUGCGCAACAAGUGGCAUUCAUCGACAGCACUGGCAACAGUAACCGCAAUUCCCUUCUACUGAACUGCGGUCAUCAGAUUCCUCCCGGGAAUCUACCAUUGGCUCCAGCCACAACUCCUUGUCAUACUCUGACAGGGUCAUGUGGCUCUGUGGACUACAGUACUCAGACAGACUCUCCCUCUUCGCUGACCCCCUCACCUCUCCACCCCCUCCAGCAAACUCGCUUUUCUUUCCGAGACCAGCCACGUCGAGGAAAACUUUCCCGCUUCUACAGUCAGGACCCUGAGCCUGUUACCAGAGGUAUUGGAGGAGAGCUGCGGGUACUGCAACCUCUGUUGCAAGGCCCUGAACCACUGACAUACUCUCCCCGACUGUCUGCAGGCCGCAACUCACUGGCGACUGUAUGGGGAGGCCAACAGGAUCUGCACACACGCCACAUCCGACCCGGCCCCUCCAGGUUCCAGUCCACCUACAAUCGCAAGCGUAAGCAGAGCAGCUGGGAGGAGAGUGUGUCACUGCAGCGACGGCGUAGUAUUGCAUCUCGCGAGGAAACUCGGGAAUGGCGUGAGAAGGUGCUGACCAACCAUCCCACUGAUGCCCCUAGAGAGGAGACCCCAGACCCCAUCACACCCUUGGACAAGAAGGAUGUCCGCUACUACUUCCAACAUCCAUAUCUGCGACUAUUCGCCACGUACUUCACCAUCCUCUGUAACUUCCUGUUGUUUGCAGAGGACCCAAUCUCCCACAGCCACGCUGAGUCCCGGAUUCCGAUGGUAGGCAAUGUCUUCAGUUUUGUGCUUACCAAAUAUCCACCAGAAUGGAGAUGGGCUUUAAUCAAGGUGCUGAUGUGGCUGCUGGCCAUCGUGUGUGGGCUGGUGUUUGGCAAGCUGAUUGUACACAACAUCCUCUGUGGCAAGAUCCUGAGGCUGAAGAUGUUCAGAGAUGAACAGGGGUCAUGGAUAGCAAUGUUCCUCACUGUUAUCAUGUCACUGUACCUGUUCUCUCACGUCUACAACCUGCUGAUGCUUGUCUUCUACGAUAAGCCCAGCUACCACAUAGACAGUCGAAUGGGUAUCACGUAUGCCAGUGUGAUGAAGACAGCAGCGUGUGGCACCUGGUUGGGGGAUCUCAUCACAGCCCUAAUGGUGACAGACGUGAUGCUGCAGGACAAUCUCUACCCUGAGUGGGCCCCUCUGUUCCGCAGACUCUGGCGUCGUUCCAAUAUCCCACGUAUACUCAUCUUCUGGGUGGGCUCAGUGUUGGCUACAGCAGUCGUCGUAACACUAAUCGUCAGUGACUACAUCAGCUGGGACAAACUCAACAGAGAUUUCUAUGCAAGCACUGAACUGUCUCGAGCGUUCCUUGCAUCGUUCAUCCUGGUGAUGGACUUGCUGAUCAUGAUGCAGGACUGGGACUUCCCCCACUUCACCACCACUCUCCAUGUCAACCUGCCUGGGUUCAGCGUGGCCACCUUGGAGUGGAAAUAUGCCGAGGUUCAUCUUACCGGCAAGUGGUUCAACUAUGGGUUGAUCUUCAUGGUGAUGCUGUUAGACCUCAACAUGUGGAAGAACCAGAUAUUCUACUACCCCAGCAAAUAUGGCCAGUAUGUGGAGCCCACAGGAAACAAGAUCCUGACAGUGUUAGAUGAGGCCAUAUUGAUGACUGGCAAUAAGAGUCUGUGGACUUGGGAAAGCAGAUCACAGAGUAACUCCACAACUGGCCAGCAGUUCUGCACAAAAGACAUGGUGAUGAACUCCCGUUACAUGGGCUACCCUUUACUGCUCAAGUGUACUGCCAUCAUUCCGUCCUUUGUGGCCGUCACUCUCUUCGUCACCGUCGUCAGCCUGUAUGGUCGCUUUCCAGAGGACCAGGCACACCCCAGCAAUCGCAGUGGCAGCCCCUGUCAUACCAGUGCCGGUGUCAACGUCUAGAACUAAGGGGCUGAAUUCCUCUCAGAGAUUCACUCAGCUCAUUCUCCUGACCUGCUCUUGCACGUCGUCUCCUGUCAGACAGUUACUGUACGAACUUCUCGGAGUUUGCUUUCAGUGCGUACCAUUACUUGUUUCCGUAACAUUUCUGCUUUAGUAAAAUAAUUUAAAUGCUACAAUUCAACAUUUCCGUAAUGAAAUGAAUGUGGGUAAUACACCAAUCCAUGAAAAGUUUUUAAUUACCGUUACAGGUCGAGUUUGAAAUGGUUUUCACAGUUUCUUUUUACACAUAUAUAUUUUUUUACAGUGAUAUUAUUUUUAUACAUAGGCUAUACAAUUUACAUGAUUACUUAUAUUUCGAUUUAUGCCAUAUAAUUUAUUAUACAGUAACCAAAUAAGUGCGUACCAAGAGGAUUGCCUAUUCCAGAUAUUAUUUUUAUUUGUUUGUUACGCAUACAGGUAAACAAGCACAGGUUUAUCUGUUUUAAAUGUAAAUCAUGAUAUUUUUCUUCAAUUAUGAACUUGCAUUGUCUCUUUUGGGUAGCUGUGGGUGAACACUAAUGGACUUGAUUAUGGAAUACAUGAGAAAUAGGAUAAUCCUAGAGACAUUAUGGGAAGAACUUAGGUCUGAUGAAGAAGUCUGUAUUUUCUACCGAAGAAUCUCCAAAUAUGUUUGUGGAGGUCAUAAACCUAAUUUCAUGAUUAAGUGCCAACUGCCUUUCCUAACCGCCACACAAGCUUUUUUACUUUCCAUUCUCCUUGGUUAAACAGUGUUUCUUGGACCUAAAUCGGACACAAAACAAAAACACAAUGUUACCGUAUUAUCUUAGCUCAUUACGUACGAUUGUGUGGUGAGCCAAAAAGCAAACUCCGAGACUCGGCCAGUAUUUAGAAUCCCCCUCUGUAUUUGUAUUUAUUAUCGAUUGUACUCACGCGAUAGGUCUUUCACUCGAUGUUGUGUCUAAGUAUUAUAAUUUGUGUACAGUAGGCAUGUAUAUUUAAGGUUCAUUUGAUGAAGCACUGAGGGUUAAUACACCACUAUACUGUUACGGACACAAUAAGUGAUGUUCUACCUUACUGUACUGUGUAUGGAAACUUUUUUAAUUUACGUAGAUUUUAAUUUUUUAUAGAUACAUUUUUACAAAAUAAUCUUCAGUAUUUGAAAUCAGUUCCAGUUCGUUUUUGUACUCUGUGUAAACAAUUUUACGUUUUAGUGUAUUUAUUUUAUUCGGGUAUACAAAUGUAUGCAUGUUAUUUUUUUACGCAAUUAGUGUGUAUAUACAGCUUAUAACGCAACACAAUGUAAAAGUGUUGUACAUCGGUGUGUAUCUUGUGUUGUGUAUUGUUUGUAAGGUGCACUUUGUUUUUCCCUAAGAAAUCUAAUAAGAAGAAUACUCUUUUAUGAAUUGAAUUCACUCAUUAAACAUGUUAAGAUUUACGUCAUGAGUAUUCUAAGCUAAGCGAGUCAUUAUUUUGAUGCAAUUUGAUUGCAGGUGCAUUUAAAAUUAUUAAGUAUUCUUUUUUCUUUUUUGAUAAUUUCAAUUUGCAUUUAUAAUAUAGUUUUACGUUUCUGCAGAAGCUUUAUUACACUCGUUGCGUAGGUAUUUCGGCUCUGCAGGAGUAUUAUAGUGACUCACAGAAUUUAAAAAUUGAAACAUUGCAAAAGAAAAAAGUUUUUGAUUUUAUAAUAGUUACAAAUUCUUCAAAUUUAGUAUUACUAUAUUUUUGUUGGAGGAAAAAUGUUUAUAUGAAUUAAAUAAACUCAACAAUCUGGUUUUUUAAUUGGUGUGAUUAUUUAAUUUUUACUUAAUGUAUGUUAGUUUGUGCAACACAAUUUUCACUUCAUAGAAUUUCGCAAUUUUCCUGUAAACUUGUAUUCUUCAAUACUAUUUCAUCCACCUAGACUAAUUAAUAAGUGUCAACGUAAAAGAUUCUAUUUAUGUUCCUUUGGGAAGUCCCUAGCUCUCGGAUCUGGUACAGCCAGAUGCUUCUUGAUGUAUUUGGAACAUAUAAAAGUACGUAACUGAGCCUUUACCGAAUUUUACAGCAUGGGAAUAUUGAAAUUUAUUUGUAUAAACAUAACAUAAUUCUGUCAUUGAAAUGAGUUUAUUUAAUUUAUUCAAACAAUUCUGUGAUGUUUACUAUAAUACAUGGCAGAGUCAGGAGUGGUACAGUAAAAAUAUUGUAGAUUGAUUUUACUGAAGUGUGCAUUUUAUAACACUGCAAUUAAUUGUUGGUUUGGGUGAACGAGAGAGAUUCUAUUUUCAACUCAAUAAAGAACUUUUGCUUCCAUCUUCAACCUA